AUGGAGGAAGAAGCGAGGGGUAGUUUGAGAGUGGGGGCAAGGUAUGGUGUUAGGACAGGUUUAGGGUAUAAAGUGAGGAGAGAUGAAGAAGAGAAGCGGGUGAAUAGGGAGGUGUACAAGGUAGCUACGAGGGAGGCUAAGUUGGCAGUUAUGGCUGCCAAGUUAGCAACGUUUAAGCAUUUGUAUGAUAGGUUAGAGGAGAAAGAAGGAGAUAAGAGGUUGUACACUCUUGCAAAAGUUAGAGAGCAGAAAGGCCGUGACCUAGAUCAAGUGAAGUACAGUAAGGGUGAGGAUGGCAGUGUUAUAGUGGAGGAUGCUCACAUUAAGAAGAGAUGGCAGGGCUACUUUCAUAAACUUUUAAAUGUUGAAGGGGUCAGAGGCACUGAGCUAGAAGAGCUGGAACAUUCAAAAAAGAGUCGUGAUUUCAGCUACUGCAGACGUUUUAAGGUAGAGGAGGUCAAAGAGGCUAUUCAUAAGAUACGAAGGGGUAUUCAUAAGAUGCGAAGGGAUAGGACGACAGGGCCGGACGAGAUUCCGGUAGAUUUUUAG